AUGUCCUGCGUGGACUCCCAGAUGGAGCGCGUGCGUGUGCUGCUGGAGAAGCACCGACUGCAGCGGCACUACGAGGCCUUCGCCCGCCUGGGCGUGGAGGACCAGCGAGACCUCCUGGACAGCGUCUCCGACCAGGACCUCACCGACAUGCGUUUAACUCCUGUGGAGAGGAACCGCUUCAGGAACAUGCAGGAGUUUAUCCGUCAGCUCGGACCAGAUGACGGCCCUCUCCCCCGUAAGAUGGAGGACACUAAACCAGCAGAAGCCUUCAAGAUGAAGCCUUCCAAACCAGCGGAAGCCUUCAAGAUGAAGCCUUCCAAACCAGCGGAAGCCUUCAAGAUGAAGCCUUCCAAACCAGCGGAAGCCUGCAAGAUGAAGCCUUCCAAACCAGCGGAAGCGUUCAAGAUGAAUCCUUCCAAACCAGCAGAAGCCUUCAAGAUGAAGUUCAAACCAGCAGAAGCCUACCGCCUGCUCUACACGUUCCCUAAAUGCGCAGAGAAAAGAGAAAUCACUGGCUUGGAUCCUGCUCAGAACUCUGUGGAGGACGUGCUGGUCAGGAUUGGCCACCAGGAGAGCGUCGGUAACAGCAUGGCGGUGUGUGUGUUCACCGAGGAGGGCAUGCCUCUGAGCGAUGACCCCUUCUUCAACACAUGGUCCCUGAGUGAGCGGCAUAUUGAGAAUGGAAGUGAGCUGUACGCCAUCUUCACCCCCAAAGAGAACGUGCGCUCGCCACCCAAGACCCCCCCGCUGAGAGAGGAGGGGGACCCCGGGGACCACACCGUGCGCUGCCACGUCAUGCUGAGGGGCUUCUACGAAAUACAAGUGGACCUCGCGUGCGACACGCUCGCCAAACUGAAAUCCAGACUGGCCAGUGAGAGUGGCAUUCCAUCACAUGUUCUGCACCUCAGAGAUCUGUCCUGGAACAGCGCCGCCCCUCUGGGUGAGCUGGGAAUUACAGAAGAGUCCGUGCUCCUCUUCUCCCUGUCUUCAUUCGACGAGACGCCACCGGACCACGAGACCACGUUCACCAGCGACGUCACUCCCUCCGUCCAGCAGACGCAGCUGGGCCUGAGCGUCUUCUACUCAACUCUACAGUGCAUCCAAUGGGAGCACACAACAAAGGUGAUGAAGAAAAUCCUGAGCUACAUCCGACGCGUCACAGGCUGUCCACCGCUGGUUCAGUGUCUGCAUCAGAUCUUGUCACGCAACGAAGCUGCAACCAGGACCCAGAAGAUCGCGGCGGUUGAGGGGCUUUACUUCCUCUUCAGGGAGCUGCUGCCGAGACCCUCCAGAAUGUCCGGUGACGUGGCCGUGGAGGACCACGAGGUGUUUGAGCACUCGCACCUGUGCUGGGCUCACCUGUUGGCAGAGGCACAGAGUGAGAACAGGAAGUCCACAGUCCAGAGUGAAGCUCCAGAGAACAGGAAGUCCACCUCAGUCCAGAGUGAGGCUCCAGAGAACAGGAAGUCCACCUCAGUCCAGAAUGAAGAUUCAGAGAACAGGAAGUCCACCUCAGUCCAGAAUGAAGAUUCAGAGAACAGGAAGUCCACAGUCCAGAGUGAAGCUCCAGAGAACAGGAAGUCCACAGUCCAGAGUGAAGCUCCAGAGAACAGGAAGUCCACCUCAGUCCAGAGUGAGGCUCCAGAGAACAGGAAGUCCACCUCAGUCCAGAGUGAAGCUCCAGAAAACAGGAAGUCCACCUCAGUCCAGAAUGAGGCUCCAGAGAACAGGAAGUCCACCUCAGUCCAGAGUGAGGCUUCAUGUGACGGAGAGUCCACUCCAGUCCAGAGUGAGGAUUCAGAGGACUGGGAGUCCUUCUCAUCCCAGAGUGAGGAAUCGGAUGUCUACAGUUCCACCUCAUCCCAGAGUGAUGAUUCGGAUGACGAGGAGUGCACCUCGGACCAGAGUGAGGAUUCGGAUGACGAGGAUGUGCAACUGUACUGUGAGCAGACGCGCCUGCGCUUCUUUGAGCCCGUCCGCCUGGCUUACCUGCUCCAGGUGUUUGAGAGAUCUCAGCUCCUGCGGAAACUCAAGGAUGGAGAGUCCAUCCCUGGCUGCCCCGCUGCGCUGCACAGGGAGGUGUGUGUGCGGAGGGCCACUGAUGUGGAGAAGAUGCUGCUCAGUCUGCCCCCCUGGAUGAACCACUACGCUGCAGACAGCAGCCUGCCAACAUACCCUGAGACCAACUUCUGUGUGCCCGUGCAGAAGAGCUUUGCGGAGCUGAAGGAGGGGCUGAACAGGUACCUCCACCUGCAGGUGACUCCGCCCCUUCGCCUCAAAGAGGUGGGACUUGAUGCCCCGCGCCUGGUGCUCCUCGCCAAAGACAACCUGGGCCUUUUCACGGGGAGGAACAAGGGGUCGCAGGGGGAAGCACUGCUCUUCAACUGUCUUACUGGGAAAACCGUCAACGAGAAUCUAGACCAACUCUCCAAUCGGCUGGGAGAUGUCAGAACUGAUCAGGCCUUGAGUAUUAGCCGAACUCCUCACGAGGCUAUUCUGGUGCUACUGGACUCCAGCACCUCCAUGCGUCACGAGUGUUAUUUCGCGGACGCAGAGAUGGACCGCAUGACGGCGGUCAAGCAGCUGUUUGAUGCCUUCGCCAACAGAAGCAUGGCCUACAACUUCCACAUCGUCAUCGGCCUCGUCACGUUCGGCAGAAGUGUGGACAUUAUCCACACCUUCACUGAGAAUCUAGAGAAGUUUAAGCAACACAUGCAGACUCUGGAGGCCAAGGGCAACACUCCGCUGUACGACGCGCUGCACCUCGCCGCUGCUGAGCUCAGCAAGAUGAGGGAGCAGUUUCCCCAGUGUCGCCUCCGCGCACUCUGCCUCACCGAUGGCUACGACACCUCGUCCACCCAGUCCCCGGUGGAGGUGACCAAUAAGCUGCUGAGCUCUGGCGUCGUGGUGGACAGCAUCCUGGUGCGCGGGAGAGACGACUCGGUCGGCAACGAGAACAUUCUGGAAAUCAGCAGAGACGACAGAGUGCUCCACGGAAUCACCAACGCAACAGGAGGCUGCUGCUUCAAGCCGGCCACGAGCACAGAAGCCCUGAAGCUGUUUGAGAUGGAGACAGUGCUGUCGCUGGAGAGCAGGAGGCUCAAGAGGAAACCUGUGGACACCAUCAAGAGCCUGGGUGAUCUCAGUGGAGGUUUCUCCCGCCGUGGCUAUGACAAGCAGCCUGACGUAAAACUGCCUGAAGAAAUCAAGAGCACAGUUACCGUCACCGAAAAGGCGGUGAGGAAGUCCAGGCGGCGUUGGCUGAUGGAGAAGGACAAGCGCAUUCUGGAGGAGCUGAAGAGUCUCCACUGCGACCCCCAUCCAUACUGCUCCUUGUUUCCCUCCGAGAAAGACUUCACGUUCUGGAGGGUGCUGAUGCGGGGUCCCCCUGAUACCCCAUACGAGGACGGAGUGUUUGAGCUGUACUGCCAGUUCGGCUCCGACUACCCCAUCAAACCGCCCCUGGUGAGAUUCAUCACCCCUGUGUACCACUGCAACGUCAACAGCGUGGGGAGGAUCUGCCACAGCAUCUUCGACCGCAACUACUCGGCCCACAUCACCAUGAGGGAGAUCCUGGACGCCAUCUACGGGCUCCUCAUCGCCCCGGAGCCUGAUGACCCUUUGGACAGUGUGCUGGCGGAGGAGGUCAUGACGGCGCCGGAGAAGUACAAGGCGGCGGCCAGGAGACACACCAAGAUGGUGGCCAGUGGAACCAUGGACGAGAUGGAGAAGAAACUGGUGGGUGUGGAGCUGGGCUCUGGCCUGGUGCCUCCGCACCUGCUCUGCCCGCUGACCAGGAAGCUGUUUGUGGAUCCGGUGAAGACGGAGUACGGCACCGUGUACGAGCGCCAGGCCAUCGAGCGGCAUCUCAGAGAGGUGCGGACGGAUCCGUUGUCAGGGAGACCCCUCAGUGGAGUGGACAUCAGAGGGGAUCGCGUCAUGAGACGCUGCGUGAUGGAGUAUCGGAGCAGACAGAUCCAGGACCCCUCGACAUAAACAUCCUUAA